AUGCACUUCCUCGCCCUCACCGCCGGCCUCUUCGCCGCUCUCACCACCGCCACCACCACCUCCCAAAACGCCUUCAUUUCUCCAACCGAAGGCGACGUGUUCACCGCCGGUCAAUCGAGCACUCUGGAAUGGGACCCGACGACCAACGGCACGGUAUCGCUGCGAUUGCAAUGGGGCUCAACCACGACUGCCACUGACGGCGUUUCUAUUGCUUCCGCCAUUAACAACACGGGCUCCUACGUCUGGUCCGUCCCCGCCUCCAUCCCCGUUGAAUCAGACUACUUCAUUCGCAUUGCCGACGAUGCCGACAGCAGCAUUGUCGACUAUUCUGCUCGUUUCAAUAUUUCCGGCGCUACGGGCUCUACUACUACCACUACUACUACUACUUCUUCAACUUCUACUUCUGCUGCUUCUGCCAGCAGCACCAGCACCGCCUCAGACACAACCUCUACUUCUGCGUCUGCUAGCUCUACCACCCUCGCCACCUCUAGCUCUAGCUCCAGCUCCAGCUCCAGCUCCAGCGCGGUAGUGGCAUCAUCCACCUCCGCCGUCGCAAGCGCAACAGCGUCCAAGUCUUCUUCUUCUUCUUCUUCUUCGGCUACCGCUUCUGCGUCCGCCACGACCGUUCCUGACAGCGGUGUUGGCGCUUUGAAGGCGCCUACCAUGAUGUUGGGUGUUGUCGGGCUGGGUGUGUUUGCGUUGUUUUAA